CUCACGGCUGGAGAAGCACACGUUUUAUCCACCGGCCUGGUUCCGCACCGACAGGACUCACUAAAGAGAAAACAGCAAAUUUGACAAGUGAGUAUUCUGUAUAACGCUGACAUUUACCUCCCUGUUUUUUGAGUUUUCGUUUUGCCCUUUGUCCAAACCCUUACGUAUCAGCUUCAUUGUUUUUGCAAGGUGGUGAUUGUUCAAUUUCUUUUCUUAAUGGCUUGCGGUUAACUGGAUGAAAAGAACGUGUUGAGCAUUUGAUUUUCAUACUAGUAUAAGCUCAACGCCUUUUACCGAGGAAGGUGAGUCAAGAGCUUUUUCUAAUAAACAUGAAGCAGGAAAUGCCUUCCCAAAACAGUCCCACGUCCAUGUCAGUGGUGCAAUAGUGUUCGCCAAUAUUACUAACAUCCACAUGGUGAAACAUUAAGGGAAUGCAUUUCCUGUAUUACAACAGAAUAAUGUAACGUCAUAAAAAUGGCAUGGCUUGAGCUAUGUCUGGAUUUUUUAAAUUUUUUUUUUUUAAAAAGAGCAUAACCUCAAUGCCAGUACUGAUAAUGAGUUUUCUUGCAUGGUGCAUGGUGUCAGUGCUUUUCAAAGAUCCAUCAAGGUUAGCAUGUGGUUUUACUCUUUUUUUUAUUUAUUUAUAAUCCCAAGCUCCAAUGUUUUGCCUUUUGAUUUGUCACAUCCUUUUUCCUUUUUGUGUGUCCUUGUGUGAUUGUGUCAAGGUUCGUCAAGUCUUGUGCCACAUUUGUAGAGUUCAAAAUUUAAAAAAAAUUUGACCGAGAAGAGUUUACAACAAAGUUAUGGGGAAAAUGGUUCGAAAUUAUGUGUUGGUUAGACAUAAGGCACCAGUUAACAUUACAUUAUAAUGUUGGAAAGCCAUAAUACUUAAAUGCAUCUUAUGAAAACAUAAUUAAACAGAACACAUUAUGCUGCUUGCAUUAGUAUUCACAGACAUUGACUGAAUGUACCUUUUGGUAAAUGCCUUCACAGGAUGAGCGUGAUAACGAGGGGCUAUAGUGUUAUAAUGGCACUGCAGAACUCUACUGUGUCACUUUAAAAGCAUAUAGAACAAGCUGGACACAAAUACAUUGCAUGAUGAUAUGUGAGUUUUGCUGUCUGGCUAAAUAUAGCUCAAUAGCUGUGUGUAUGUUUUCAUUUCAAUAACUGUACUUAAAAGCAAUCAUUGUCAGCAAGUUCCACUAAGGCAAACCCGAGUCAUGUCUACCAGCAGUGCUGGUAGUGUGUAAAGUGUAAGUGUUGCUUGUCUGUUUGGGAAAUCAACAUGUAGCAGGAACUGCAGCUCAGAUCCGAACUCGCAUUUUACAUUUUUGGCUUCAUUUAGACAACCUCCAUCUGGCAUUAACACUGACUUUCAUGCUGUUAGUCUAUCAAAGCAUGAAAGUCAGUGUUGAUUGUCCCUUACUUAAAUUCCUGAGUUUAUACCAUGUGAGCUUAGGUUCAUUAGGAUUCUUUACUUUUAUACUGACACUUGACAAAUCUCAAUGAAGUUGAUUCCAUUCACUAAACACUUCUGUUCAUCUGCAUGGUUUUCUUCUUGUUUCCUGCAUGCUUCUUGCGUUUCUCUGGGACUGAAUCGUAGACUCUAUUUUGUGGUGUAUUAUCAUACAUACAACUCUAUAACAAAGUCAGUUUGUUUGUAGUACUGAGUCUAAUAGAUCAAUCCCUUUUGUAUCUUUUAACCUUCCUGUGUCUCUCUAACUAAUCCAAAAGCCUGUACCUGUUAUUCUCUUCUGUUUUUUUUUCCUGCAACGGAUCAAAGAUGAUGUCUAAGAAGAUCCCCCAGUGCUCUGCAGUGGAUCAGUCAGAGCAUGAUCAGCCUCCCAGCAAUUGUCAGGUGGACCGGUCCGCAAAUGCAGCACUGGGGUGUAGGAAGAAGGCUGAAUCAGGUCAAAGAAACGGAGAGACGGCGUCAUCGUCCCCAGAGAGCGGCAGCUUGAACGGAGAUGGAAAGCGCAGCGGAAAAAGCCGCCGUCGCAAGAAACGUUCAUCCAAUCCCGAGAGUCGUGCUGAGGGGAAGGUGGACAUUAAGACCAAGAGUGAAGAGAAGCCAGACAAAAGGACCAGCCAGCCGCCUGACCCCCGUGCUGGGCUCAUUGGCCUGCAGUCUGAGUGUGCUAGUGUGUGGUUUGAACGCGGCAUCUAUGAGCGAGCCGAGAGCCUCUACCAGUGUUGGUUGGCGAGCUCCUCCAAUGGGACCACCAAGUCAAACCGGUCACCUCCAGCCCCAGGGAAACAUUCAAAGUCUCCGCCCACUGUGGCUCCAUCUUCCUCAGGACAGGUGUGCCACCAUGGUGAUCAGGUGGCCUGCCACCAUGUCGUCCAGGCCGUGUGGGUGAACAAGACGACCUUUGACCAAGCAGAACGCCGCUUCGUAGAAGCAUCCAUGCCGUCCAUUCCAAAUUCUCUAGACAUCCCAGCCCAGCCCAACCGCGCCAUUGCACCCAGAACGCCCGAUGAAGGAUAUCAGUCUCUAGCCCCGACUCCUGCCACCCCUGUCGCCCAACAAGCAGCUGUCACACCAACCAAUCGACAGUCGAUUAACGGACUGCCCCGCAUCCCCGUGGAGCUGCUGAGAGAUGUGUGGCUGGAGAAACCGCUGUAUGACCGCGCCGAGGCAGCCUUCUACCAGAAUCUGUACGGUAACAAUUCCUCCAAACGCUGCAGCUCCGCCUCCACUUCCAGAAGUAGCGACCACCCUCAAAGCCUUGUAGAAGAGGAGGAGGAAGAAGAUGAGGAAGUGGCGGUGGAGGAAAAACGGGUGGUCCCGCAGGGUAAAGCAGAAGUCUUCCACGCUCUGCUCCCUAUUCAGGAGGAAGAGGAGCCAGCCGAGGUCCUAGAGAAGGAAGAGGAUUCGGGGGCCGGAGUUUGCUACUUCGCGCACCCGGACAACGAGCGGGUGUGGUUGGACAAAUGGCGGUAUGAUGCUGCAGAGAGCCGUUUCCAUGGUUACAGUGGGAGUGAAGCUGCGGUGGCGAAGAAGGGCCGGCGGCCAGAAGCGCCAUCGGUUACCUCCCCCGCCCCAAUGAGGGACAAAAACAUGAGUUCCGUGGACUUUCUGGCCCAGGAGAAGAUCUGGUUUGACAAACCUCGCUAUGACGAGGCAGAGAGACGCUUCUAUGAGCGAAUGAACGGCUCCUCACAACCAUCACAGGAUGUUGGAGCUAACACCAUUCUGCAAGACAUCGCUCGGGCCCGAGAGAACAUCCAGAAAUCUCUAGCAGGACUGAAGAAUACAUUGUGUAGCAGAGGGUCUGCUCAACCUUCCAGCCAACAGUCCCAGCUAAGCAGCAGCAGUGCAGCUGAUCAAGGAGAAAUCGUCUCCCGCAUUAAGAGCCUGGAGCUGGAGAACCAUAGCUUACACAAAGUGGUCGAUGACUUGAGGGUUGCUCUUUCCAAACUGGAAUGUCGUGUGGCCGUUCUGGAGAAGUCUCCCGCGGCUGUGACCCCGGCUCCCACUCCUUCAGUUCCCUACACUAAUGGCACUACCGUCCAGCAGAAGACCUCCGCCCCCGUAAAAGAGGAAGAGGAGGAGGAGGACGACGAUGAUGAUGAUAUUGACCUGUUUGGUAGUGAUGAUGAUGAAGAGGCAGAGAAACUCAAAGAGCAGAGAUUGAAAGAGUACGCAGAGAAGAAGGCCAAGAAGCCCGGCAUCAUCGCCAAGUCCUCCAUCUUAUUGGAUGUCAAACCUUGGGAUGAUGAAACCGACAUGGCGAAGCUGGAGGAGUGCGUGCGCUCGGUGCAAGCCGACGGUCUGUUAUGGGGCACGUCCAAACUGGUUCCUGUGGGUUACGGCAUCAAGAAGCUCCAGAUCGCAUGUGUGGUGGAGGACGACAAGGUGGGAACAGACAUGUUGGAGGAAGAAAUCACCAAGUUUGAAGACUAUAUCCAGAGUGUCGACGUAGCAGCUUUCAACAAGAUCUGAUUCCAGUGUGUCUUUGUGUCUUUCGUAAACGCUUUGUUUCUCUGCUGAUUAUGUCAACGGUUAAUAAUAAUAAAAUCCAACUCUUGCACUGAA